AUGGAUGAAAAUGGUGAAAUCAAAGAAGCCGUGGAUCAAACAGAAGCCGCUCGAGAAUAUAAAACAGACGCUGCCUGGGAUGAUGAAGAAGACUGCUGUUCGAGACGUUACCUGUUCUGUCAUCGUCCCGAAAUGCGCCACAUCUACACGCGGAUGCAGACAUUUGGGUGGUGGCCCAUACAGUUACGCCAGAAACCGAGGGAGCUCGCCAAGGCCGGUUUCUUCAACACAGGGGAUCACGAUGCCGUCUCCGAUUCAGGGUCAGAAUACAAGAACCUUAAGGUCAAAGCAUUGUUGAAGUCGCUUGGCAUAACACAGCUGUUUGCUCUAAAUGAAACCAAAGCUAGUUAUGCCGAACGGGUCAUUAAAACCAUCAAAAUGCGUCUCUAUUGCUACAUGUUAAAAAACUUUACUUACAAGUACAUGGAUGUUCUAGAGAAAGUCGUCUAUAGCUAUAACCACACCAAACAUCGAAUGUUAGGUCAAACACCAGCCAGUGUCAACCAAACGAACAAAGGAGAGGUCCGUCUGUCUCAGUACCUGAUCAAACCUAAAAAGGCAAUCCACAAAAAGAAGUUUACAUUUAACAUAGGUGAUAAAGUACGAGUCAGUCAUCUUCGGGGCACCUUUGAUCGGGAAUACCAAGAGAAAUGGUCUGGCGAAAUAUUUACCAUUGAGAAAAGGUACUGGUCUCAAGGUAAAGACUUGUACAAAUUAAAGGACUGGGGUGGUGAUGCCAUCGAAGGGACAUUCUAUGCAGCUGAACUUCAAAAGGUGACUGAGAAUCCUGAUCAACUGUACCGUAUCCAAGACAUUGUGAAAAGGAGAACUCGUAACAAACAGAAAGAAGUGUUGGUCAAAUGGCUUCACUGGCCUAAGAAGUACAAUUCGUGGAUUCAAGAAGCAGACGUUGUUUGA